GGCAGGAGGUGUCCAGCGCUGAUAGAGUCCUCCCUGUCACCGACCAGCUUCCUUCUCCCUCCUCAUCCUCCGCCCCUGCCCUUCCCGCGGCACCGCUAAGAGUCCAAAGCCGAGAGAGCGGCUCUGAGAUCCAAGUGGUAUGUUCUUCCUCGUUCCACUGCUUUGUUUCUUGGGGUUCAGGUGAAGAAAUGAAAGAGCCUCCUAUUUUUUUCCUCUCUUUCUCUAGUUCUACAGUGGAUCUCUUGCCUCCCAUCACUUCCUAUAUUCGUGACCCUAUUUGGGAUUUUCUUGCAAAGAUACUGGAGUGGUUUGCCAUUUCCUUCUCCAGCUCACUUUUUGAGGGAACUGAGGCAAACAGGGUUAAGUGACUUGUCCAGGGUCACACAGCUAGUGCCUGAGGCCGGCUUUGAACUCAUGUCUUCUUGACUCCAGGAGCUCUAUCCACUUCGACACCUUCCUGUACUCUUCUGCCCUUUAUUUCUAACAAAACAUACUUUCUCUUAAGCCCUUGCCCUUCUCCUGUCUUGCCAGCCAUCUUUUGUAACACGGAAUAAGAAAAGAAAAAAAAAGCUCAGCAAAACCAACAUAUAUCAACUGUGUGACAAGAUAUGUGAUUUUCCAAACCUAUAGCCUACACACCUCUAAAAUAGGAAGGAAGAUGCAUUUUCUCAACUCUCUUCUGUCCAUUAUUCUUCCUGUUUACAAUGCCGAGUGCUGGUUGGAUGACUGUUUGAAAUCUGUUUUGGAACAAGACUUUGAAGGCACCUUGGAGCUUUCCAUAUUUAAUGAUGCCAGUAAGGACAAGUCAAUGAAUAUAAUUAACAAAUGGAAGCUUAGGUUAGAAACUUUAGGCAUCAGAGUAAUCAUUGGAGGUCAUGAUUCUCCUUCUCCCCGAGGAGUUGGAUUUUCUAAAAAUCAAGCAAUAGCACAGAGUUCUGGGUCUUACCUGUGUUUUUUGGAUUCGGAUGAUGUGAUGAUGCCUCAGAGGGUGAGAUUGCAAUACAAAGCUGCCAUUGAACAUCCAAACAGUAUCAUAGGAUGCCAAGUGAAGAGAGAACCCCCAAACUCAACUGAACGCUAUACUCAUUGGAUCAAUAAUCUAACAUCUAAACAACUUAUCACUCAGGUGUUUACUUCUUAUGGACCAACAGUGAUCAUGCCUACCUGGUUCUGCUCCCAAGAAUGGUUUUCCCAUGUUGGAAAAUUUGAUGAGAGUGGUAAGGGUGUGCCUGAGGACUUGUUAUUCUUUUAUCAUCAUCUCCGAAAGGGUGGUGGAGUCUUUCUGGUUGAACAGUGCCUUCUCCUCUAUCGAUACCAUCCAUAUGCAGCAACACACUCAGUCCUAGAAAGCACCAUCUGGCAACACCGAGUCCAGUUCCUAGAAGAAAGGGCUCUUCAGCAUUGGACAUCAUUUACUAUCUGGAAUGCUGGAAAACAGGGACGAAAACUCUAUAGAAGUUUAUCCCCAGUAAACCAGAAAAAGGUUGUUGCCUUCUGUGAUGUUGAUGAAAACAAGAUCAAGAAGGGUUUCUAUUCUUAUGAAGACUCUAAGGAAAGACCCAAACCAAAGAUUCCAAUACGACAUUUCAAGGAUGCUGACCCUCCUUUUGUGAUUUGUGUAAAGCUGGAUCUUACAGGUGGAACAUUUGAAGAAAACUUGGAGUCACUGAAUCUGCAGGAAGGCCUAGAUUAUCUUCAUUUCAGUUGACAAGGGGCUCUAGAAAAUGGAAUUGGUCCCACACAGAGCCAUUACUUUACCUGGAUUAUCAUGGAAAUAAUGGCAUUUUGGAACUACCUCACACGUGUAAUUUUAGAAGACACAAUCUGAAUGACAAAUCAGCUUCACCCAUUCCUCUCUAUGGCUGCAAAUGGAGAGGGCUGGAAUAAAAGGUGCACUAAAAUGUUCUUCAGAAGGUGAGGCAGCCACUGCAUACUGUGAAGGCAUUAAUAAAGGUUGAACUAAAAUAUAACCAGUUCACAACCCAUUUUAUUUUUCAAAAAAUAAGAAAAAUAAAAUAGCAUAAUGCAUAGAGCAUUGGAUGUGGAGUCAGGAGGCCUGGAUUCAGAUUCACCUUGAGACUUGUGCUUACUGUGUGUGAUACUGGUGAAGGUCAUGUAAUUUCUUAGGACUUCAGUUUCCUCAUAUGUAAAAUGAAGAUGAUAAUAAUUGCAUGGGGGCAGCUAGGUGGCACAGUGGAUAAAGCACUGGCCCUGGCUUCAGGAGAACCUGGGUUCAAAUCCAGCCUCAGACACUUGACACUUACUAGCUGUGUGACUUUGGGCAAGUCACUUAACCCUCAUUGCCUUGCCGAAAAAAAAAUAAUAAUAAUUGCAUGGCCUACUUCACACACUUGCUAGGAAUUAUUAAAAAAACAUUUUAACAGAAAAAAGUCCUUGAAGAGUAAUGAAUAAAAGAGUUGGAAUUUGAAGAGGUUUCUCAUACAGGUACAGCUUAGAUAAAUUGGCCUCUUGAGGUCCCUUUCCAACUCUGAUUUUGUGAUUCUGUAAUUCUUCAGGUAUGAGGGUAUUGACUCUACGGAAGUACAAAAGAAUGGAGAUACUUCCUCUAGCCUGGACUGAAGCUUCAGAGUGAUCUCUUCAUAGGAGUCAGUUUCUAGAAAGUGGACCCCUGGGGAAGGCAACAAGUGUCAUUUGCUGGAGAGUUGGCAGAACUGCAGAAGUUAACUGCUGUAGGAGGUGGAGCUGAGUAAACUGAGAUGGUACACUGAGACUUAAGGACAGUGAGGAGUUACCUCAUCCUAUUUGACACCUACCAUAAUCUCAGAGUAGAAAGUAACAGAAAUGACCAAAUGACACCAGACAAAAGCUGUAAAAGAAAGAAGCAAGCACAGACAAAGAGACCCAGAGACUAGCAUGAAGAAACAAACCACCAAACUUUUGCUGGCACCCUUCACAGGGUCAAUGCAUAGAAACUAUAGGUUUCUUAAAGAAUGGUAGUUAACUAGGUGGGUGUUUGGGGGAUGAAAUCCCUUGAGGUGUAUAAUAGAAAGAGCUCUUGACUUGAAACCAGAAUAAUAAUAGACAGGGCUGAUCCACAGAGGAGGUCAUCCAAAUUUUCUAAAACUGAACAAAAUAUUUUGAAGUGGCAGGUUGUAAUAGGAGCCAUUCUUAACCCUUCCCACCAUGUGUAUUAAGCUAGUUUUUCUUUAAAAGGUAUUGGGACAGUCUUCAAAAUUUGGGUAGAUCCGGGGACUAAGGACUCAGACGUUUAACAUCAUUUUAUCACCUAAGCAUAAAGCAGCCACAAACCUAAACUAUCAGGACAUUGGCCAGGGUCAAGCCAAACCCAAAAAAUACAGGUGUAAAGGAAGAGCAAGCUGAUUCCAGUGUUGGUUUUUGACACCAAGAAGCACCAAGGACUUCUUCCAAUUUGACCCAUCAGGGUGGCCUGGCUUCUCUUCCUAGAGAAAGCUGAAGGGGGUUGGAGGAAAGAAAUGAUGAAAUCCAGAGUGCAACCAGGUAAGAAAUAAAGAGAUGGCUUUUCUGGUUCCUUAUAUGGAGGUUCUUGGGAAGAACCAGCCUAUCAGAGGGAGGGGUCACAAGGGCAGAGGGCACCUCUGAAAUGUGAAUUCCAGGGUUGAAAUGAUCUUUCAGGACAAAGAAGUUUCUGUGACAUGGUAAAGAAGUCCCAGAUAUGGCCUUGUGAGAAAUGAAGAGAUGGCUGGCUUGGGCACCCUCCUUAGAGUAUCUGAGUGGGAGGGGCAGCAAGAGCAGAGAAUAGAUUUCUAGGGCUAGUUAUUUUGUGACAUGGUAGAGAAGUCUGGAGUACAGCUUGUUGAGAAAUGGAAUAGAUUAUUGAAUUGAAUCAUGUCUCUUGGCUGAGAGUAAAGGAUUGGUUUGUUUUCCCCUAAGGAUGACAGAUCAGUACCAUCACUGUUGGCACAUUUGAUUUCUGGGUAGCUAGGUGACAUAGUAGAUAGAGUUUUAGGUCUGGAAUCAGUAAGACUUCUUUGUGCGUUCAAAUCAGGUC